AUGUUAUCCACACUCGGGAAUAUCUACAUGAUUGACACGUUUUUCCUCAAGGCCUUGUGGCUCAUAAUCAGUCCCGAGGUUCUAGCCUUUCAAUACCGAAGCGGCCUGCAAGACAAUGGGGGCACCCUGUGGGAUGUCGUUGAUCCAACUCGGAAGUUCGGGAGCCUUUCUGAGGAUACACUGGCGGCGUCGCCCAGCUUCCAAGGCGUAGGGAUCGCUAGCCAAAACCCAAUCACGCACCUCAAUCAUCAACAGCAAGAGUUUUCAACACUGGGAACCUAUACUCAUUCAAUCAUUCAGCCUGGAACGCAGGAAGGGAGAAUCCUUCACCUUACAUCCUACUUUCCAUUAUGUGCCGAUCAUAUGGAACCAGAAUCAAUCCCACAUAGAGAAAAACGACAAAAGCUGGCAGAGCUGGACUUGCCAGGUGACCAGGAAUCCAGUUUCCACGCGGGGGUCCUAUCUACGUCGGAACCCACAGAGUGGCUCUCAUCCACGGCCAACAUAGAAGCUUACACGACGCAGGCUUGGAUAGCUUUCAACCUGCAAGCAACAUAUUUCAUCUAA